AAAGAACAUAAAAUUACCUGGAUUGGACUGAUAACAGGUGUUUACACAAUCCAAGUAUAUUGUGGUAUUUGUUACAAACUAAACUUCUUAAAGUGUAUUAAGCUUUAAUGGUGUUAUAUAGGCUCCAUGUCUCUGCAUUUGCAAUAGGUGGAAGCAAUAAACAUAGAGGCAUUCUUAUGUGCAUGUUGACAUCAGUAUCUCUUUGGCACGAUCCUGUAGGAUUUUUUCACCGGGAUAUGAAACCGGAAAAUUUGCUAUGUAUGGGUCCAGAGCUGGUGAAAAUUGCUGACUUCGGAUUGGCUCGAGAGAUCCGCUCUCGGCCUCCUUAUACAGACUACGUCUCAACACGAUGGUAUCGAGCUCCAGAGGUGUUAUUGAGGUCACCAGUGUAUAGCUCACCAAUAGACAUCUGGGCAGUAGGCUGCAUCAUGGCUGAACUCUACACGCUUCGACCUCUGUUUCCUGGCAACAGUGAGGUGGAUGAGAUCUUCAAGAUCUGCCAGGUUCUUGGUACAGUAAAGAAGUCAGACUGGCCGGAGGGUUAUCAGCUUGCUGCUGCUAUGAACUUCCGCUUCCCCCAAUGUGUUCAUACACCACUGAAAACUCUGAUUCCCAACGCCACCAAUGAGGCUGUAGACCUCAUGAGAGAUCUACUCCAGUGGGACCCAAAGAAAAGACCCUCUGCUGCAAAGGCACUCAGAUACCCCUACUUCCAAGUAGGACAAGUUCUGGGCCCCCUACCCAUGACUCCUGAUGUACGGAAGGCUCAGAUAAAGAUGACCCUGCCUAGUGAACCCAGAUCAGAGCUGCAGUCUGUCUUAGAACCAGUGCUGCCAUCACAGACUAAAGGCCAAAGCAGAAACUCCCAUCAGCCACUGCAGCAGAUUCCUCUGCCCCAGUCUCUUUCUCAGACAGACCCUCUCGCUCCAUACACACAAAAGGUGGUCGGGGGUGAGAACAGUUUGAUUGGGCUGAAGAACGGACGAAGAAGGUGGGGACAGACCAACAUGAAACCCUCAGACAGCUGGGAUGAGUCUGACUGUUCUGAUUCCGCAGCAUCCCUCUCUAAAAAACCCAGCAAAGGCCCAGAGGAGGAGAAAACUACUACACAGCCCAAGGACCAGAAACCCCUUUAUACAUUUAGCACUGUAACAAAAUUACCAAAUACCAGCAGACUGCACCAGCCAGACUCUAGUCACCAGAGCACCUCUUCAGCCAGACAACAUUACCUGCGCCAGUCCAGAUACCUGCCAGGGUUAAUAAGCAAGAACACGCCAUCUCUGAGCAACAAGGAGUCUCAACAAGACUUGUGGGACACCUCAGCUCUGAUGAACAAACCUCUCGCACCCAUUGGAGGAGCGCCAGUGUCUAGAAUCAGCCCAGGAAACUUUGUAACCACCACAUACAAUCUUUCUGGAGGAUAUAUACCUUCUUUCCAAAAGAAGGAAGUGGGAUCCGUAGGACAAAGGAUUCAGCUUGCCCCUCUCGGACACCAGCAUGCACUUGAUCUCUCUGCCACUGCUGACUUAAAAACUGGCAAAGCUAAAUCUUCAAAGUCCAAACCUUCCUCUACAGUUUCAGUCAGUGAGAUUUCUGAAGAUUAUGAAGGAUGGAAAAGGAGAGCAGACCGAACCCAACCUAAAGGAACGAGUUACUCGGCUCUGGGUAAAACCUCCACCAAUCUCAUGGCUCGUGCUCCACCGGUUCAGCCAGUGCAUGGGCGGGUUGACUGGGCUGCAAAAUAUGGAAGCCAUCGCUAAUAUAUAUAAUGCGAGCUACAGCUUCUGUGAGAACUAAGGCCUGUUUCAACACUCGUGAAUAUUGUAUAAACACGUAUUAUUUUGUUUCUAAGAGGAGCAGCUAGGAUAGAUCCACACCACUUAAGCCCACUACUGCUUAAUUGUUCGAUUAAAAACAAGAGUCUGUAUACAAUGGAUUUUUACAAACCUAACAAUUUGUUCAUCUUUAAAUCUGUCUUGUUCAGUUUAUGCAUCCAAUGCCUGUAAUCCUUAUUUUCAAUGGAAUGGGUAGAUCUAUAUCUGAUAUAUUGCAUUUAUUUUUUUGGAACCCUUUACAUUUUUUUAUAGUAUGCAGUUUUUAAAUAUAUUCUUGUUUUCUUUUUUAUGUGUUACUGUGAUUUAUACUGCAAGGCAGUGUUAUUUAUACUUCCUUGUAUGUUGAGUAGCCCUUUUUUAAUUUUAUUUAUUUUUACCACAUGAACAUAUAAUG